GCGAAGAUAAUCACCUUGUUUCCAAGAGACGAGGAAGCUUUGACGUCAGAGCAAGAGCGGGAGACGAGGACAGUUUCCUUCGUGAAAUAACGAAUGGAGACACAAAUCUUGAGUACCAGGGGCAGUAUCGUGUAGUGUUCCAUAGUGCAGAACGAUCUAUAUACAACCAGAUCUGUCGGCAGUACAGGUCCUUCUCUCACACUGCACCAUGGGUAAUGGGGCAUCGGAGCCAGCGGUUGGUCAAAGGUCACCUGACAAUGACACGAAGAACCCAGAAGUGAUUGAGGGAAUGGCUCGAGUCAUGACGACGGCUAAAGAGCGACGGACCGCGAAUCGGAAUGUCUUCACAAGGGAAGAGCAGGAGGAAGAAGAGGAAGAAUACAAUUAUAAGGAGAGUGCAGUGAUCCUGACCCAGCUGUUUAAGAAGAUGGACCCUGCAGUGAUGAAGAGUAUCGGAGACGUGAUGGGUGAACUGAAGGUGUCAAUCAAGUACAAGUCCGACCAAUCGCUGCUGCUGGUAAAGGUGGUAGGGGCACGAGACCUGUCGCCAAAGGACCUUCGGGGAAAAGUUGCCAAUGCAUUUGUGCAGGUGGACCUAGUUCCAGAUCCGGCCGGAUCGGGCAUCAAACACACAAACGUGGUUAAGAAGUCGCUGAAUCCAACGUUCAACGAGAUCUUCGCGUUCCCGUGUUCCGCGGGCAUCCUGGCGGAGACCAAACUGCGGCUGACGGUGUGGAACCACGACACUCUGGGCGCGGGAGACUUCAUGGGGGAGAGGAUUGUGGAGCUGAGAGAGUUGGAGCCUAACCAGGUCCUCACCAACUGGUACCCCCUACAGGAGGAGACUGACUUGAGCAUCAGUGGUACCCUGGAGAUCUCCCUGGCUUACCAGCUCCCCCAGCUGCUGUGUGUGACUGUCCACAGGGCCUCAGGACUGGUGUGCUGGGAUCAGAGCAAACUGCCACAUCCCUUUGUCAGGGUGAUGGUCCCAGGCAUUACUAUGGUGGAACAAACAGAUGUGAAGAGAGGUACGCUGGACCCAGAGUGGGAGCAGACGUACGAGUUUCCUGUGCCACAAGAAGAGUUUGACUACAGAUACGUUGUCCUGAAUGUAUGUGACAAGUUCAGAGAUGGGGAGUCCAUGGGAGAGGUGCACAUUGACCUCUGUAACUUUGACCCUGAGGAGGGCUACACUGGGUCCUUUCCUCUGGCAGACAUGAGGAACUCUGACCGUGUGCGGACGAAGUGGGCCCAGCGGGCACUUCUACAGGAGUUUAAGGAAGCCAUGUACGCUCACUCCGCGUACCAGUUCCCCAAGUUCCUCUUCCACAAGCACCAGGGACACAAGGUUGUGUCGGUGAGCAGUCGCAAGGCGGGUUGCCAGGCAAAGGUACGGAUUAUUGGCGGUGUGCCCAUAUCGUAGGAGAGCUCGCGAUACCGCCAGGUUCUGACGGGGGUGCCUCGCAUCUUACAACAUCUGCCUACAGUGACCAGAGGAAAAUUUAUUCAUGAAUCAUCUUUAACUAAUCUUGAUUUGAAAUUUCUGAAAGUUUUGAUAAUAAACUGUGUGUUACAACUUGGGAGGCUGUAAAUUUAAGAUUUCUGCCUUGGAUCAAAAACAGCAAAGUCACUUUGGGUUGUAACGUUAGAUUUUGAAUCAAAGAAAAAAAUUAUUGUAGAGUUGUCAAUUCCAUCUUUUCUUGACAAUGAAGAUGUUGAUGUUGAUGAAAUUUUCUGUAUAUAUCUAUUACCAUGUGACAUAAGAAAAAGACUUCUGGGUGACAUUUCAAUGUUUAUUUCACAAUUCAUAUCAACUCCGAUUUUAAAGUAAUUGUCACACUUUGGGACAACAUUUUUUUACUAUUGAGAAUUCCAAAGUGAGCAUGUUGCAAUCAAAGAUAGAUCUUGCAUCAUAAAAGAGUUUUGUCAAUGUUCUUCAUGUUGACUACAUAAAACACAUGAUGUAAUACAUAGGCCACCUCCGUAGUAAUGAAUUCUCAACUAUACAGUGCCACACAAAAAUCAAGUUAACUUUUCUACCAUUUGCAAUAAAGUUACAGAUAGAAUUGUAACGAUGGCGAUGUUGCAAAUCUGGAGUGUUACGUUGCGUUCGUUGUCACGAUAAGAUAGAUCGGAAAGUAUAUAAUGAGCGCGGCACGAUCCGUGCUCUCACUGACGCAGGCUUUUUUAGGGCAUGGCCAGUGGUGUGAAGAUGUUAUCUGUGCCAUUGGCGCCAUAGGUUAUUACAUUUAAUCUGGCAGCACUAUUUUGUACAUAAACUUGCUAUUGAUUCUGAACCAUAAAAUGUAAGGAAAGAAGCUUACACUGCAAAAAAGGACCACAACUUCAGAGUGAUGUUUACUAACUCAUUCUACCACUAUGGUAAAUUUUAUCAUGUAUUGCCUGUAAGAUUGCCAAAUUUACAGCACUGUACACAACGGUGUAAGCUUUCGAAUUUAUCAAAUCAUUUUGUACUGAUAACGAUAUUUGCAGUUGAUGACUUUGAAGUAAGAAAUCUUGUAUUCUUAUAAACUAAUAUUUCUUGAUUUUUUAUGUAUAUAUGUGCACAGAAAUCAAGUACAAAGUCUCAAGUCUCUCAAGUACAAAUGAUGAAAAUGCAGUAUUCUGAAUAUUAAGUUUGUACCAAUGAAGAUAUUUGCUGUGGAUGUUUUUAAGGAAAAAAGUCUUGUAUUUUUAUAAGCUUUGGUAUAUGCACAGAAAGCAAGUAGAAAUGAUGAAAUACUCUAAAUUUCAUCAAAUUAUUUGUUUAAAAUCAUCAAAGUAUUUGUAGUGAUAGAGAUAUUAGCUGUUGCCGUUUACAAGGUAGGAAUCUUGUACAUGUAUUUUAAUACACAUAUACUUCUUGUUUUUUAAAUCUGUACAUGUAUAUGCACAGAAAACAAGCACUGAUAUAAGAAUGCACAUAAUACCUCGUACUUUGUCUCAAAAUUUCUAAAUUAAAAAAACUAAAAAAACUAAAUCUGUCAAAUUAUUUUGCACCAAUAGCAAUAUUAGCAUUUAAUAUUUAAGGUGAAAUCUUGUAUUUUCAUAAAUUCAUUCUUCUUUUUUUUUUAUAUGUACAUGUAUAUGAACAGAAAAUAUGAUGGGAAUGCAGUACUUUGUAUGCCACUCAAGUUCUGACAGAUGUCAGUUUUUAUCAGGGCCGAUCUGACAAUAAAGCCUGUACAAAUGGAUAUGAA